AUGUGCUCACAUAAACCUGACAGGCGAUUUUACGCUUUGUCAGCAUCAGGCGUUUUUGGCUUCCAAGCAAGUUCUCUUCCGCACCUCAAGACCACCGCCGCCAUGCCUCCCAAAAAAGUCAAAGCCGCCCCGGCCGAAGCUGUCUCUCUCGGCCCCCAAGUCGCAGAAGGCGAGCGUGUUUUCGGUGUCGCCCACAUCUUUGCCUCGUUCAACGAUACCUUCGUCCAUGUUACCGAUCUGUCUGGCCAGGAGACCAUCGCUCGUGUUACCGGUGGAAUGAAGGUCAAGGCCGACCGUGACGAGUCCUCCCCCUACGCCGCCAUGUUGGCUGCCCAGGACGUCGCCACGCGCUGCAAGGAAGUCGGCAUCACCGCCCUGCACGUCAAAAUCCGCGCCACCGGCGGAACGGGAACCAAGACCCCUGGGCCCGGUGGACAGAGCGCCCUCCGUGCGCUCGCGCGUGCUGGCAUGGCCAUUGGCCGAAUCGAGGACGUGACCCCCGUCCCCACCGACUGCACCCGCCGCAAGGGCGGUCGCCGUGGUCGCCGUCUCUGAUCGCCACCCUCACCACUUGGCACGGUGCUAUUAUCACUACAUACUGCAUGUAUACUCGUUCUCACCUGCUAUCCAAUGUCGCCGAUUGACGCGCAGUAGCUUCGGCUGCCCCGUGGUCAUCACUUUUCAUGUGGCGUUUCAAUAAGCUGGCCUGUGUGCAAUGCUGCUGUCUUCUGAUCGAUUGGCUGUGAUCGGAGCAACCCUGCUACGCGCGCUUGUGAUUUUAGGUUUUGUGGUGAUUCACCUGAGGGGAUCAUGCGCUAUGCCCUGUACUGUGUCGACAUGUGUGAGUGCCUGACUACUCGUGUGAACUACUGCAUCAUUAGGUUGUUUCUGCGGACCUCGUUCUUCGCUCUUCACUGGAUGGCUUAUAUGGAUCGAUGCUCUCAAGAGUGGGUUGAAUGCCUUUUUCAUGCGAGUGGGGCACUUGUUCUUUGAGAUUGAUCUGCUCGUCGCAAUGCUGACAAAUGCUGAAUGUACAAUCAUUCCCGAGGAGAGCCACCGGCUCACCGGGACUAAGUUCACCCCGACGAGCUGGCUAGGCGUUUGAUGUUUCAACUCUCAUCUUUCAAGACCAUGCUCGCACGAUAUGCGCACAGCUUGUGCGACACGAUCUUUGGCCAGGAAGGAAUCUUCGUUCAUUUUUGUGACACCCGACUCCAGCCACCGCAUCAGCCUC